CAGAUCAGAGACUUCCUGUGUGUGAGAGGCGGCUGUGAGGCACGACCCAAAGGGGAAGCAGAACACGUCGGGACUACAGACAGCUGUGACCCAAAUCCUGCAGCACUUGGGACACUAGAGACAUUCAGAGAGACGGCCUGGUCUGUGAGAGAAAGACAAACUGAGGCUGAGAGACAGGCGCUGAGUAAAGGCUUCAACCCAAAAUGGAGAGGAAACUUGUUACUUUCAUUUCUUGGCUUCUGUUCCUCCAGAUGGAUCCAUCUCUGACAGCCCCUCAAACCUUGCAGAUGUGGAGGAAGGUUGAGGAAAAAGUCCUAAUGCCGUGCAACAAGAAUGGAGCUUUUAGAUGGAGAAGGAACGGACUUGACUAUGCCAGGAUGCUGGGUUCCCAAAUAGUUUAUGGAAUAGGUGUUGAGUCCAGUCGGAUCAGCUUCCCUCAUGGCCCAAAUAACUCCAUGCAACUGACGAACCUUAAUAUGGGAGAUGCCGGCACUUACUUCUGUGAUGCAGAGGAGAAAUUAACCAUUAACCUUGUCAUUUUUCAGAUCUCAGCGUUGCCCUCGGCUAAUCUCAUAGUGUCGGAAAACCUGUUUCUGAGCAUUGAGAGCUCUCCUAAAAGCAUCCCGGGUCUUCGGGUCUCGUGGGAAACCCCCAACAGGGGCAAAAGUGAGGAGAAAAGUGAGCUAACGGUGGCAAAUGCUCAGAUUAGGGACAGUGGGACGUAUUCCUGCCACGUGUGGAUCGAUGGGGGAAACAAAGCCACAUUCACACAAUACAUCUCUGUGUCAGGAUUUUAUCCAACCUCAGAAAAGAUCUAUGUAUCAAAGGACUCCCCUGCCCUGAUCCCUUGGCUGUUUAACUUCAACGUGCGGGAGACUGCGCUGAUAAACACGGUUUCUGCAGUAAACGGGUCCAUCUCCUACUCAGCUGGCAAGGGCACCUCUCCCUCUCUCAUCUCCUCUCUCACUGUCACCUCGGGAGCCUGCUGGCCUCAGCGCUGCGAGAAAAGCCAAGGGAAAGAGCAACUGGGCAACCUGAGCUUCGUCCUCCCCAAGCCCAAGGCGGGUCGGUACCACCUGGAGAUCCAGCUGAAGCUGGGGGAUAGGAAGAAGAUGUUGGCGAUGGACGUGUGUCUGGUCAUGCUCACAGUCUCAGUUUUGCCCCGCCUACAACUCCCACUGGAAGCCAAAGCCACACUAAGCUGCCACGCAAGCUGCAGCGAUGCCAAUAGCACUCUGUACUGGCAUCAUGAGAACAGUAACAGCGUGAUGCACGGCCAGCGCGGAGAGCCAACCUUCUCCCAGGACCUUACUGCUGUGCCCGAGUCCAUGGGGGUGUGGAGCUGCAGCGUGCGCGUUGGGGGCAAGACCAUGAUGAGCACUAACCUGACCUUGGAGCUAGAGGCCACUUUCAUGAGCAGCCCGGGGUUCGUGUGGGUGCUGAUUGGAGGAGGAGCCGUCCUGUUUCUCGUUGGGAUAGUGACAAUCGUUAUUGUGACUGCGCGGUGCCGCCAGAAGCGUCGGGCCAGACGAGGGGCUUGGAUCCUGCAGAAUCUGCACCAGCAGAGGACGUGCCAGUGUAAAGGGUUUGCACCAACGAGACUGAGAGAGAAAGACUGAGCGCCCAGACAUUAACCCCUUGCUUCCUGGAAAGCAGCCGAUCGUUACCUGAUUGGCCAGCACAGACUCCUCUAACUGGAUCCCUCCUGUGCCAGUGACCUGCAGAGCUUCCUCUCAUUAACUCCUCCCUGCCUGCUGCCCACGGAGUGCUGCUCCAUUGACUUGUACACAAAACUGAGUGCAAAUACCGGCCUUUCUAUAUUUGUAUCUUUUUUCCCUAUUAAUAACAAUGGGACCAGGCAUCAUUUCUACUGGCCAGGCUGGUCAAAUGCCGGCCAGUUGGCAACCCUACCACUAUGUCUCUGCCACUGACCCACUAGGGGACUCCAUUAACCAUUUCCCUGACACAGCCCUGGAGGACAGACUGCGGGUAUUUUAUCCAUAAAUCUGCAGAGCAUUAUCCCACCCAUUUGCGGAACGUUGCGGCACGGUGCUGUGUAUGUGCCCAUGGCUCUUCAGGGUGGUGCGACUAUUGGAGGAGGACUCCAUUCUUGCUUAGAACUGAUAAUAGAUAUAUAUUCCAUGUGUGCAAUAAUCACUGCAAUGGUGUGUGCCUGUAUGUAAAACCUUAGCAGAUGGAUUUUGUACAGUUACAAUUGGUAUUGCAUUAUGUUACACUGCCACCUACUGGCCGUAGUCGUUAUAUAUAUAUAAGUGUAUUUGAUCUGUGCAGUGUAAGUGCCUGAUAUGUUAUUGAUGAGUAGUGAUUGGUCUGUGUAUUCCUUCCUAUGUGUUAGCUCUGCGGGCAGCUUGCUAAGAGCUUUUCUGGGUCAGGCUGAGAGCUUAUAUAGAUUUCUGGUCUCUUAUCUGCUCUAAAGAACAGCGCCAUCUACAGGCAGCGAGCAGAGAAAUCACAUUGUUUCUUUGUAUAAACGUUUGUAAAAUAUAUAAAAUAUUAGCACCAAA